GUAUAUAAGGAUUAUGUCCACAACAUAUGUCCAUAACUACUACAACUGCAAGUGAAAAACAUAAUUUACUUCAGUUUUUAAUCACUUAUAUUUGAGCAGGUUAGUGCAAUAAAAUGGACACCAGUAGCAAAACAGAGCUUACUAUGGAACCUCCGGCCUAUGGAUUUGUUCAGCAUGCACGAAAUAAGAAGACAGUCAUAAUUGCAUGUACUACAGUUGCCUUGGUACUGAUUGCAGUGAUCGCCAUACUUAUUGGUGUUUUUGUUACUCAAAAACACUAUGAAAAUAUUUUGCAGCAAACUAUAACUGGCUCAAAUGGACAAAAAACUGAUCAGACUGUUACUGUCAACAACAAAGAAAAUGUUGCUACAUUUUAUUCAACUACAGGAAACUCAUCAGCUACAGUUGUGUAUGACUACAGUCGUAAACUCCUUGGAUACAAAGCCACUAACAAAGAUUCAUGCCUUGUGGUGAAGCUAGAGAAUGAAGAAUUUCCAAGCCUUGAUGAAGUUGUUCAUGGAUUUCAGAAUGGAGAAGCAGUAAAUGCGAAUGAAGCAAAUGAUGACAAAAAGCUAACAAUCUCUGCAACAUCAUCUGAAGUUGUUGAUCGUACUGUCUUGGGAGCUACCAUAAAUGCUUUAUGUGGUAAUGAUCGCAUCUAUUGGGCUAAACAAGGAAACGGUAAUGGUCGCAUUAUCGUCUACUAUUAUUGUUAUUGCUUGUAUUAUUAUUAUUAUAAUUAUAAUCUUUACUGCUACAGAAUAUGCUAUUAUUAUUAUUAACAGGCUAUAUUCAACAUGCUUGAAGCAUAUUCUUCAUUAAAUGUCUGCAUUCUGUCAUAUGAAUCUCAAUAGUUUAUCAAAUUGCAAUACAAGUUUAAUUUAUGCUGCAAACUGAAAAAUAUGUAAACUAUAUUACUGAUGCUGUGUUAUAGAAUAGCAGGGUUAUUACUGCACUUCUGUUUUUUUUCUUAAUUACAUAUUUGCUAAUAUUAUAUUAGAUACACAGAAUUUGAAAUCAGGCUACUGUUUCACAGUUAGCAAUUUAUUUAAACGUUCCAAAUGCUUUAUUAAAAGAUCUCUCUCCUUUAUCAUGGCCAGACAUCAUACCAUCCUUCAGCUGAGUAUGUAAUCAAAGUGGCACCCAAAAAGGGGUAAGGAUGAAAUAAGUGUUAUGCACUUCCAUACAUUUAUAUACAUGGCCAUAUCACAUCUGCAGAAAAUAUGAUAGUGGGCCUGAAGGUUGCAUAUUUAUAGUUAUAGGUCUUUAAAUACCUAUGCAGGUUAGCAUCGUUGCUUAACUUGUUUGGAAUCCAAGUCAUUUGGCAUUUACACUUUACAUACAAUUUAAAGGAGAAAAACAAUUAUGUAUAGCACAUUUGUUCAUGAGUUGGUCAGUGAUGCUUUAUUGCACAAAAUGUAUAAAAUCCCUGUUAAAUUCAAAGCUGGAAAAUUGCCAUUAAAACUGGAUGCACAAUGAAAUGCGAGUGCUUCCUUGUGUCACCAUUUGAUGCAUCUCUAGCUUCUGUUUAAUACUGACACCCCAGUCACAUUGGUGUUGUUUUGUUAUUACAUGUUUUUAUUAUAUAUUAAAUUCAAUUUAUAAUUUUUCAUCUAGGUAGAAAGUACUACUGAAACUCCAGUGUCAUAUAUUAAUGGCAUUUCUAGCUAACAUCUAUCACAAAACAGCAUCAAAGCAUUCUUCCCCAGUAAAUGUUUGUUUGUAAACUAUUUGUUGUCUUUAUUCAUUCACUGCAAAAAUAAAUAAAGAAAAAUAAAAAUAAA